CCCAACUCAGGGAUCGAACCCAAGUCUCCCGCAUUGCAGGCGGAUUCUUUACCAUCGGAGCCACAAGGAAAGCCCUUUUACCACCUUAAAUGAACUUUAUUUAUACUGUAAGUUUCCAGUAGGAUAUUUUUCCCACCCAAAUGAGCACCCAAAACACUAAUAUUGUUGAUACUGAGGCCUGAAAGUAUACUAGUCAUUCUUUAGAUCAGUGUUUCUCAAACUUGCAUCAGAAUCUCUUGCAGGGCUGGUGGCUGGGCUCCAUCUGCAGAGUCUCAGAUUCAGUAGAUUUGCGGUAGGGCCAGAGAAUCUGCAUUUCUAACAAGUUCCCAGGUCAUGCCAAUGCCACUGGUCCAGGGUCCACACUUUGCAGACCACUGCUUUAGAGAACCUAAGGGUUUAUUACGCUUUCCCCCGUAAGAUGCCAUGCCCAGAAAGCUUUCCUGAGCAGGCAGACCCUUCUUGUUCAUGAAAUCUUCCUGCCAGAUACCUGGAGCUGCAUCUGUGGCAACUCCAGCACCUUAAACUCAAAACAUACCACCUUCCAGAGAACUGACAAAGACUGACAGCAGAGCAAGGAAGCAGUGACUGUCCCCUCCUCCCUGACACAUGUGAGACAGUAACGGUCCUGAGGGCCAGGCCCUUGAAAACAAGGUGGCAUCCCUUCUCCAGGAUCCGUAUCCUGGCUCCUCAGAGCACCUGUAUCAGAAUCACAUUGAGGUUUUUGAUACAUGGGCCCAUCCUCAGUAAUCCUGGGAGUCAGCCAGUGACUGCAUUUUAAUAAGCUUACUACAUCAGUGGUUCUCAAAGCCUGGUCCUUGGACCAGCAAUAUCAUACACCCAGUAACGUGUUAGAAAUGCAGAUUUUCAGACAGGACCCCAUACCUACUGAAUCUGAACCCCUGAAGUUGGAUCCAGCCACUUGUGUUUUAACAAGCCUUCCAGGUCAGCAGUCCCCAACUUUUUUGGCACCAGGGACCGGUUUCCUGGAAGACAGUUUUCUCAGACAGAGCUGGGUGAGGCAAUGGUUUAGGUUUCACCCCCUGCCCACCUCCUGCUGUGCAGUGUGGUUUGAACAGGCCAGGGACCCCUACCCGUCUGUGGCCUGGGGGUUGGAGACCCCUGCUCUAGGUGACUCUUGCCUGCUUAAGUUUGAGAAUACCUAGUUUAAGUACUUCUGCUCCCUCAUGUUUAAGAUCUCCGAAUUUAGACUGUUUUCCUCUUCAGGUUCUAGAUUCCUUUCCUACUUGUAGAUGCCAGAAGCACCCACAGGAAGCAACCAACCCCCUCUCCCCUCUACCUCUGUAGAACAUGUAUGUGGAACCAGAGUGUGAGCGUAAACUCCUAUAGAAUUUGGUCAUCGAUAUGAGGGCCACUCCCGUUUUAAUCUGGCCGGGCAGUGGGCCCCAGGAGCUCCACCUGGCACUCUCUGAAGCCCACCCACCCUGGCCGCGAAACCUCAGGGAGAGGUGAUGUCCUGGACACGCUUUUCCAAGGGUUCUCGGCCCGCGGCCCGCCCCGCGCUCCUGCGUAAACACGCGGUUCCCUCGGCAACGCCUGGAACGCACGUCAAAGGCUCCGCGAGUCUCGGGCGACGGUCACCCCUCCGGCCGAGCGCGACCCCCGGCAGAGGCCUCUCGGCCCGGCCCCGAGCCACCUCGGGCUUGCGGCCUCCUCCCCUGGUGCGGGAUGAGCAGACCUGCGGCCGCCGCGGGGCCCCAUGGAGGAGCAGCCGCCGCCGCCGCCGGUCCGCCCGCCAGUGAGCACGGCCUUAUCGGGCAGCCCACACCCCGGCGCCCCCUCCCCGGCCGGCACGCCUGGCGGGACCUCCUCCGCGGCGACGGCGGCGGCCGUGCUUUCCUUCAGCACCGCGGCGGCCGCGGCGCUGGGGAACCGGAGCGACGUGAGCGGGGCCGACAGCACUGGCGCCGCGGCUGGCGGCGGCCUCGGCGGGCGCGGGGCGGCGGGGGCGGCGGGGAGGCCGCGGCUGGGCCCCGAGGCGGCGCCGCUGCUGUCGCACGGGGCGGCGGUGGCGGCCCAGGCGCUGGUCCUCCUGCUCAUCUUCCUGCUGUCUAGCCUGGGCAACUGCGCCGUGAUGGGGGCCAUCGUGAAGCACCGGCAGCUCCGCACUGUCACUAACGCCUUCAUCCUGUCCCUGUCCCUGUCGGAUCUGCUCACGGCGCUGCUCUGCCUGCCCGCCGCCUUCCUGGACCUCUUCACGCCGCCGGGCGGCUCGGCGCCUGCCGCCGCCGCCGCCGCGGGGCCCUGGAGCGGCUUCUGCGCGGCCAGCCGCUUCUUCAGCUCGUGCUUCGGCAUCGUGUCCACGCUCAGCGUGGCCCUCAUCUCUCUGGACCGCUACUGCGCCAUCGUGCGGCCGCCGCGGGAGAAGAUAGGGCGCCGCCGCGCGCUGCAGCUGCUGGCGGGCGCCUGGCUGGCGGCCCUGGGCUUCUCCUUGCCCUGGGAGCUGCUCCUCGCGCCCGGGGAGGCCCCGGCGGCGGCGCAGAGCUUCCACCGCUGCCUGUACCGGACGUCUCCGGACCCCGCGCAGCUGGGCGCGGCCUACAGCGUGGGGUUGGUGGUGGCCUGUUACCUGCUGCCCUUCCUACUCAUGUGCUUCUGCCAUUACCACAUCUGCAAGACCGUGCGCCUGUCGGACGUGCGCGUGCGGCCCCUGACCACCUACGCGCGCGUGCUGCGCUUCUUCAGCGACGUGCGCACGGCCACCACCGUGCUCAUCAUGAUCGUCUCCAUCAUCUGCUGCUGGGGGCCCUACUGCUUCCUGGUGCUGCUGGCCGCCGCCCGGCGGGCCCAGGCCGCGCAGUCUCCCUCUCUCCUCAACGUGGUGGCCGUCUGGCUGACCUGGGCCAACGGGGCCAUCAACCCUGUCAUCUAUGCCGUUCGCAACCCCAACAUUUCGAUGCUCCUAGGGCGCAACCGGGAAGAGGGUUACAGGACUAGGAACGUGGACGCUCUCCUGCCCAACCAGGGCCGGGCUCUGCAGGCUGGAAGCCUCAAUCCCCUACGAAACCGCUAUACCAACCGCCUGGGGGCCUGCAGCACGAUGUCCUCUUCCAACCCGACCGGCGGGGUGGCAGGGGAUAUGGCCAUGUGGGCUCGCAAAAAUCCAGUUGUGCUUUUCUGUCGGGAGGGACCACCAGAUCCUGUGACAGCAGCGGCUAAACAAUCUGGAGCCGGGGAUACCAGCCUCUAAGGAGGGCUGGGAUGCACAGCUUAUGAAGGCAGAUUUCCACCCACUUCUGUUAACUAGCGGGGAGAAUCGUGCAUUUCAUAAAGCCAAGCGUUUAAAGAAGAGACAGAGGGGAAGGCUUACCCCUUCCCUCCAAACAACAUAACAAGACAAUGUCCUUUCCUUCUGAAGUGCCAAAAGGAAUGUAAAAUGCAAAAAUUAAAACGAUCUUACACCACACAACCAAGCAUUGUGAACUGUCAGUGCCCAAAAUGACAAAAAUAAAAUUCACAAUUACUGAAAAGCUGAUGUUACAGGAAUCACACUGUGAAACAAACCAAAAAACUCAUUGAAUGCGACUGGUAUUUGUUCAUAUACAGAGUUCCAGGAAAGAAUGAAGACCUUAAGAACUGCUUGAAGGCCCCUCUACAUCACCAGCAUUCAAGGGAACUUCAGAUUUCUAGAACCUGCACCUCUGACACAUGCCUAGGGUGCUUAGGAGUAGAAAUGUUUAUCUGGCUUUACAACUUUGGUGCAUUUCCUUCCCACUCCCUCCCCAUAAUCUCUGUGGGAAAUUUUAAAUUCAUAUCCCAUUUAAAACCAUUUUAGGAUUUUGAAGGUGAUUUAUUACUAUAAAAUUCAACCCUUUGAGGGGCGAACAGAAGUAUGAACAUAAAUGUGGAUAAUUUUUAAAGUAUUUUGAGAUUACAUUUAGAAAUUAGUGUGCCACAUCAAACCCCCCCCCCCGCCCCCCCAAAUAUUUGCCUUGGAAGUUUUGAGACUUUCACCUUACUCUAACCUGCUACUUUUGUUUCUAAUGACUUAGAGGUGCCACUCUCAGAAAUCUUUCACAUUCUUAAAUGAUUUUCAUAGUAGAAAGUCUUUGCAUUUGAAGUAAAUUUGAUUUUUGGAUGCAGCCAAAAAUGUAAUUUGAAGUCAAGUUGAUUGAAUCAUGUGAAUAAUGCAUAUAUACAUAAUAGGAGAACUCUAUGAAGUAAUCGACUUGGCUAUCCUACAUAGCUUUCAACUAAUCGAAAAUGAUUCCAAAGAGGAAUUCAAAAAAUAUUUUGAGAAGUGGAUGCAUUCUUGGAAUGAGCAUAAGGCUCUCCAAGAAGAUCAUGUUCUACUUUUGGAAGUUUCGGUAUGUUUGUUUUUUAAAAAAGUUACUUUAUAGACAUGACAUCUAAAAUAAUGUGAUCUUUAUUUGAAAGGAAAAUGGCUGUGAGAUUAUUAUAUGUAAUAGAGUAUUCAUAACUUAAGCAUAAAGUCAGAGAGUUACUUUAAUCAAACUGGGAAUACCUUCAGAAAGGUGCAAAACAAAGAUGCUUUUUUAAAAAAAUUCAAUAUACGAUUCAGAAUUUGUAUGGGUGAAAUUUCUCCUGUUAAAUGCCACUGUACAGAGAAUCAUUUGCUCAGAAUUUUGAAAGAUGCUUUUUGUGUUUUCACCCUUUUUUCCAUCUUACUCCUUUUCUUCAGUGUUUCACAGCCUUAAUUGAAUAAGUACUUUAAACUAGAUAUGAAACAUCAGCUCUCCUCUAAAGAUUUUAAUGUGAAAUGGCCAUCGUUUUUUCCUUGUAAAGUAUUUAAACAUCUUUGUUAGUAUUUAAUUUUGUGUGUGUGACAGAUGGGUAUAUGUCAUUAUUUUGUAAUCAAAGAUGGAAAUAUAUGAUUCUUGUCACAACUAAA